AUGGCGGAGGAAGACUUCUUCUCUCUUCUUCUCACUAACCACAUUGGAGGAGGCGCCGGGAUGCCUCCUGACGAGCAACAGCAGCAACAGUUGCUUCAGAGACAGCGCCGAAUACAUCUGCAGCAUCGGGUGACGCAGCAGAAUCAGCAGGACCGCCGUGAUAGCAGCAGGAGCAGCUACCUAGACGGCCGCGAUGCGAAGGGAUGUCUUGAAAGGCAGUGCCAUCCAGCUUAUCAUGCAUCGACAGCAGCACCAGGAGCUGUAGGAAAUACAGCCUUAGAUGGAGGAACUGCAACUUCAGAGAGCUGGCAGCUGCUGCAACAGGAACAGCAGCAUUUGCAACGACAGUGGCAGCAAACAGAAAUAGGCUGUUUUGUGGAACAUCAACGCCAGGAUCACCCUCACCAGUACCGUCAGCAGCAUCUUCGGCGACACCGGCAAAGGCCCCUAAGCAGGGGAGUUAUUCCUCGUUGCGCAGGUGAUUCACAGCCGAGUAGCCGCGCAAGCAGUCGUAGCAGCAGUCCCAGGAUGCCAAAGUAUUCAACUCAAGGGACAGUGUACUGCUCUUCGCGACUUAGGGGAGGCAGCCGCUCAAUUGCUGCAAGGCGUCGCAAUAGCAGCAGGAGCACAGGCAACAGCAACAACAGGAGCAGAGUCAGGGGCAGGCUCAAGCGCAACAGUCGGGAGCCCCAGAGGAACAUCAGCACGGGUGUAGAUAGCAGACGGAGAGGGCAAAAGCCAUCAGCAAGCAGCCUGAGCGCUGAUGCCACAAGCAGCAGCAGAUGCAGCAGUAGAAGCAGCACCUGGCGCCACCGCAGCAGCAAUUGCGCUACUAGUCGGUCGUAUGCUAAAGCGCGGUACCAGCAGCACCAGCAACAGCAGCAGGGUGCAGAAGAGCAACAUAAGAAGCAAGCUCAGCACCAAAAACAGCAGCAGGCGCUGCAAAGCAGCAGGGUGCAGAAGAGCAACAUAAGAAGCAAGCUCAGCACCAAAAACAGCAGCAGGCGCUGCAAGAGCAGGAGCCUCAUAGCGGCAGUAGAAGAAGCAGCGAUGACUCGGUUGCCUCUCUCAUUUCUCGCAGUCGCCGUCUUUUGCUGGGGGAAAGAUCGAGCAGCAGAGAACAACGCAUGCAGCGGCGGCAACCGAAACAGUUGCUACAAAGGGAGCAGCUGCAGUCGCAUGGUAGCUUGUUGCAGUCUAAGGACCUAG